CACAACACAACUCAUCACCACAAACACACAACUUAAACUAAGAAAGAUAAACAAGACCAAAAGAUGAAUGCCACAAAGUUUGCUAUGCUUCUCGUGAUUGGCGUUUUGUUUGUUAAUGUCAGCGCAAGGGUGGUCUCCAAAGAGACCAAACUAGGCACCUCUAUUUCCAAAACUGCUACCAAAGGCAUUGGAGCUGAGCUUUCUGUCGAUGCCGGAACUACAAGCUACUCUACGGGCUAUGGCUUUGUUAGUGUUAGUAGGAGUCCCAAAGGUCCAACCGCCACAGCCAGCGGAAGUGGCAACACGGGUACCAGCGGAGCUGUCUCUGCUAAGGGUCGCAAUGCCAAGGCUUCUUCUACCAGUGGUUCUUCAGCUCAAGGCAAUGCAGCAGGUGCCGUGAAUCGCAAUGGUGCUGCUGCACGUGGAAACGGUUCAGCUGGCUCGGCCUCCACUGCCAAGGGCAGCACGGGCAGCAAGAAAGGGAGAAAGCUGUGAGGUGCUCAUGCUCAUUUCUCAAAACUAUUCAUAUAUAUAUAUAUAUAUAUAUAUAUAUAUAUAUGUUCUACAAAAUCACAAUCUCUCUUGUAUUCAUAAAUAAAACCUGAGAUUGUCUGUCACCUUUAAUUUUCAUGAAGUGCUACUCUUUAUGUGUUGUAAUGCCUAUUUUAUAAAUAAAGUAAAGGCCAUGGUUACGAGUUACGACUUUA